AUGUCUCAACACCGUGAACCUACAGUUGUUGGUGUCCCCAACUUUAAUGCAACUGAGGAUGCUGCCGCCCUUCGAGCAGCUAUGAAAGGCUUUGGCACUGAUGAGCAGGCUAUCAUAGAUAUCCUAACUACACGCUCCAAUGAACAGCGUCAGGCCAUCGCGAAGGCUUUUACCCAUGAAUAUGGAAGGGACUUAAUCGAAGACCUAAAGUCCGAGCUCGGGGGUCAUUUUGAAGACGUGAUAGUGGCUCUCAUGAUGCCCCCAGCAGAGUACCUCUGUAAGGAACUAAACAACUGCAUGGAGGGGAUGGGGACAGAUGAGGAUGUACUCGUGGAGAUCCUGUGCACUCGUACCAAGCCGGAGAUAGCCGAGAUUGUGGAAACGUACGAGAGAUUAUAUAACCGUCCCCUCGCAGAGCACAUGUGCUCGGAGACUACCGGCGACUUCCGCCGUCUUCUCACUCUUAUCGUCACAUCGUGCCACCAGGGCGCGCGCGACGAAGAGGCGGGCGUGGAUGCCGCGCGCGCCGCCGCCUGCGCGCAGCAGCUGUACGACGCGGGGGAGGCCAAGUGGGGGACCGAUGAGGAGAUAUUUAACAAGAUCCUGGCGCACGAGAGCUUCGCCCAGCUUCGCUUGAUCUUCGAGCACUACAAGCAACUGUCGGGGCGCACCAUCGAGCAGGCCAUCAAGGCGGAGAUCGGCGGAGAGCUGAAGGAUGCACUCUCUGCUAUUGUGGAGUGCGUAGAGAGCCCCGCAGCGUGGUUCGCGGGCCGCCUGCGCGCCGCCAUGCGCGGGCUCGGCACCGACGACCGCACGCUCAUACGCAUCGUGGUGACGCGCGCCGAGCGCGACCUCGCCGCCGUCAAGAGGGAGUACGAGAGGCUCUACGAUAAGACCCUGGAGAGCGAAGUCAGGGUAAUUAUUGUUUUAGUGGAAUGUGUGGAAAAUGCGCCGGCGUGGUUCGCGGCGCGCAUCCGCGGGGCGCUGCAGGGCGCCGGCACUGACGACGGGAAGCUGCUGCGCGUGAUCACGUCCCGCGCCGAGGUAGACCUCGGCAGCAUCAAGCGGGAGUACGAGCGGCUCUACGAUAAGACGCUGGAGAGCGAUGUGGCGGGCGAGACCUCCGGAGACUACAAGAGGGCCUUGGUGGCGCUCAUUGGGCCUGCU